ACAUAACCGAUCACUUAUAUUAUUAUAUUUGUCAGUGUUACGCUUGAAAAGUCGUUUCAACUGGCUUGAAAGCGCUAGAAGAGACUUUUAUUUUGUCGAGUUGUUUUUCCGAGUACUCAGCCGUUUACCUUGCUUCUAAAGAGCAGCAUAACUGGGUAAGCAGUGCUUUGUCAGAACAUUUUCAAGACAUCUGCACGAAUAAAAUGGCCAAUCCGCUGAAGAGUGAGGUAGUGCGCUUGUAUAAAACGCUCCUUUUUCUUGGCCGGGAGUAUCCAAAAGGAACCGAUUAUUUCAGAGAUCGCCUGAGGGCUGCCUUCACCAAAAACAGGGACGUGAAAGACCCAGAGGAAAUCAGGCAGCUCCUGAGCCGCGGAGAGUAUGUUGUGAAGGAGCUGGAGGCUUUAUAUUACCUGAGGAAGUACAGAGCCAUGAAGAAGCGCUACUACGACGCAGAGUAACUCAUGGAAAACUCUGGUGCAGCGUUUCCUAGACUCGUCCUCAGGGCCACCGAGCGGCCACAUUUUCCUUCAUCCCUGAGUUGGUUCCCAGCGUCAGUCCAAGAGACUUCCUCAUACUCUGCACACUUUUGGUCCAGCACAUGAGGAGUCCCCAGGACUGGAGUUGGGACCCUCUACCUUCAAAGCGAAGUCAGCUGACUUAAAAAAAAAAUCUACGUAAUUGAAUGGCUGAGAUGUAAUCAAAGUCCCUCUGAAUGGUUUGAUGUGAAAUGCCCCGACUUGCCGAGUUUUGUUAGAAUUGUUCGCAGUGGAGGUGAUGAGAACCAGAUGUCUGAAGAGUUUAAUGUCCCUGAAAGCUCCCCCACAGAAAGGUAUAACAGAAAAUGCUUAGAGACACAGUAUUCACUCGUCUGCCUUCACACGCAUAUGAAAUUGAGUGACACCCCAUUCUUAAUCCAUAGGGUUUAAUAUGAUGUCAGGCCACCCUUUGCAGCUAUGACAGUUUCAAAUCUUCUGGG